CUGUAGCCAUAUGACUGUAGGGCCCUGAGUAAUGGCAAUAGAAUCCAUUAGCCAACAGCUAGCUCCUGGCCAGGCUUUGAACUCUCCAGAGGCUCUAAGGAGGCAUGUGGGAGGGGCUAGGAGAUGGAAGAUGGGGACCCUAUGACCUCCCCAUAUCCCUAAAGAGUUUAUGGCUCUUUGGCCAGCAUUUUGCUAGCUCCUGUUAUUCUGGUACAGGGAUGAAGAAACUGAGGCUGGGGUCCAUUGCUAAGGUCACGCAGAGUCAGAGCUAGAUUCAAAAUCUAGCAUCUUGAAACUGGGUAUGGUGGCACACAUUUUUAAUCCCAGUACUCAGGAGGCAGAGACAGGUAAAUUCAAGGCCAGCCUGAUAUAUAGAAUCCUUGGGCCCCAGUUCAUGCUUGCCUGUCUUUGCUAGAGGUGUUUGCUAGAGGUGCUGUCUGUGGAAAGGCAUUAGGGCAGGUACCUAGUUGCUCCACCCCACAAGGAUCGAUCUUUUGAGCCUAAAGAACAGGGGCUUCCUGGAGGAGGCACUUUCUAGGUAUACUGCUGGGAGCUCUGAGAACCAGACCCAGUUCCUACACUCAGCACUAGGGGGCAGCAGUGAACCAGCUGGCCAGUAGUGUGUCUGACAGGACCAAUAUCUGACUCUGACAGUACAGUGAGUCCGGACCUUCUGAGGACCCCUUUAGGAGAAAUAGAACAAUGAUGGGUAUCUGCAAACAAACCUAGGGGUGUCUGUAAAACUCCGCAGUAGGAAGGAGUCCUUAGGUGACUCCCAGGGUCGAGAGAGGAAGGAGUUCAGCCAGUAUGUCGUAGCUUUUAGCAAGGCUGGACACUGACCUGAACCCAUGAAGUGAUACAGCAAGACUUCCAGGGGCUGCCUCUCUCUCCUUUCCACUUUAAAUUCUGGACUGAAGCUCAGGUCACUCCCCCACCACCCGACAAAGUCCUAACUGUGCUCCUUACAAUGGACACAGGAAGCCCAGAGACCGUUUUCUCCUGGCCGAGCUCUUCCUGCCUUUGAUCUGUCAGGGAGCGGACUGAUAGACGCUCUUCCUCUGCUGACCAGAGAGUCUGAGCCUAGGUGCUUAGGAACCCGGCUCGACCCUGUACCUACCACAAGCUUGUGCAGCUGAGGGCCUUAGGUCCCAUGGAGUCACAUUCGGUUCUCACCUCCCAGAUGUUAGAUGUUGAUGCCUUCCCUCUGCAGACUCCACAUCUUCCACUCCUGCUUUCCUGCUGGUUCCUCGGCCUGAGGUCCCUGCCUAGCACCGUGGGCUUAUUAAUCCCCCACCUUGAUAUUUUUUGCCUCUCUCCACCCCAGCAUUGCUAUAUUUCUUGGGAACUAGCCCCAGGCUGUGCCCUGCCUCAGGCCAUUGAAGUUGCCCUCUGGCCGCUGCCAAUUUUCCCUGCUGGGCCUCCUCAGCUCAGUUCAGUUAGCCUCUUCCCUCAGUGCUAUGCUCCUGCUUCCACCCAUGAUGAAGGUCAGUGUCUGUGCCCUUCUGACCUGCAUGGCUAAGCAAGGCCUCGUUAUGACUAGCUUGCCUUCCCAACACCCACACAACCCGAGACCCAGGGUGUUUGGUGAGUGGAGCAAGAGUAGCAAAGAGUCGAUGAUGAGGCAGGGCCUCAGGAGGCCCAACCUCAGUAAAGCUUGACAGGCUUCUGAGAGAGAGACCUCUCAGCAAGGACCCCACCACAUCAACAGUCAUCAAUGUAGCAUCGGGGCCUCCAUCUCCCUUGUGACCCUGUACCUUGGGUCUCAGCACACUGCCCAUCUUGGGCCUCCUCAGACUCUGGCCUCUAUGAACCAGGUAGGGCUGAGGUGGGGACUGCCUGGGUCCCCCAUGCAGAAGCCUUUCAGGCCCAGCUGAAGCAAGUCUCCUCUGAGGCCCGGAGGGCCAGCAGGGUGGGAGGAGGGCUGGGAGCCACAGUGGGUUUGGGCACAGGCUCUCACUGCAAUAUUGAUGGCCCGUCAGUGCAGCCCUGAUUCCUGUGCUUUCAGUUAAAAGGUUUCUGUUGUUGUAGCUUAUGCAGUUGCUCUGUUGCUAUGGAAACAUGACAUCAAAAUGACGUUUCCCGUUUAAAAGCUUUUAACUAAAUUCCUGCCUGUCAGAUGUAGGCCCCAUUUUGAGCGUGGAGCUGCCUCGAGCGAGCGAGUGAACCAGUGCACUGCCUCUCGCCCAUGGUGCGCUGGCCAGGCCUGAGGCCCUGCCUGAGUGCCAUCCUUAACCCUGCAGGUGCCUCCAGCAUGGCAGCAGCCGAAGUGCCCGGCUACCUUGUGUCUCCUCAGACAGAGAAGCAUCGGCGGGCCCGCAACUGGACAGAUGCGGAGAUGCGUGGCCUCAUGCUGGUCUGGGAGGAGUUCUUCGAUGAGCUCAAGCAGACCAAGCGCAAUGCCAAGGUGUACGAGAAGAUGGCCAGCAAGCUCUUCGAGAUGACUGGGGAGCGCCGGCUAGGCGAGGAGAUCAAGAUCAAAAUCACCAACAUGACCUUUCAGUACAGGAAAUUAAAAUGCAUGACAGAUAGCGAGUCCGUCCCGCCGGACUGGCCCUAUUACCUAGCCAUUGAUAGGAUUCUGGCCAAGGUCCCCGAGUCCUGUGAGGGCAAACUGCCGGAUGGCCAGCAGCCGGGGCCCUCCACGUCCCAGACCGAGGCGUCCAUGUCACCGUCCGCUAAGUCCACCCCUCUGUACUUACCGUAUACCCAGUGCUCCUACGAAGGCCGCUUCGAGGACGAUCGCUCCGACAGCUCCUCCAGCUUACUGUCCCUUAAGUUCAGGUCAGAGGAACGUCCUGUGAAGAAACGCAAGGUACGGAGCUGUCACCUACAGAAAAAGAAGCUGCGGCUGCUGGAGGCCAUGCUGGAAGAACAGCGCCGGCUGAGCCGCGCCAUGGAGGAGACAUGCCGAGAGGUGCGCCGUGUGCUGGACCAGCAGAACAUCCUGCAGGUUCAGAGUCUGCAGCUUCAGGAGCGCAUGAUGAGUCUUCUGGAGAAGAUCAUCGCCAAGUCCAACGUCUAGGUCAUGGCCAGGAUGCCAGGUGCCACAUAGUCCCAUCUGGAGGCUCAGGGCCCCACCCACCCAGGCUCAGGGCCCCGCCCACCCAGGCAGGGUUCCAGAAAGGGGACAGGUUUCAACCUGGCCCCUGUGCUUCUCUGAAGGGCUUUCCAGGACUCCAGUGGCCUUGGGAGACCUUGGAACCCCCAUGUCCAGCAUUAAUGCCAGGGACUCUAGGGCGACUCCUCGUGAGAAGAUCCCAGCAUCUACUCUCCAGUAAAGUCACUACCAUGAUACUUGAAACGGCUUUUGAUAUUAAACAUACUUUCCAUUGUUGCCUGGAAGCUGACUUCGCUCUGUCUGGUGUGAAGGGGAAAGGGAAGUGCUGGCUGGGACAAUUCUCCUCUGCAGACAAAAGCAAAUGCCAUAGGUCAGGGGCAGGCUGUAGGGGUCUUUCCUCCACAGGCUCUGUAGCAUCUGCCCUUAUUACCCAGUUAUCACCAUACUAACCCAACCCGGCCACCCCUUAGUCAUCAGUGUGGAGCCUCACGCUAGCCCAGGAUCCGUGCUGACUCGUGCUCAUGCUCUCCGAAGGCCUGUUGAUCUGGGUCCUGGGAGCCGUGGCAUGCUCAGUGAGGCACAGGUCUUGGCUUUAUGGAGCUUUACUUCAGUCAGCAGAGAAAUAGUAGCCAAUGAUGGUGAGUGCUGAAGGCUGGGCCUGUGACAGAAGGAACCAGAUUCAGGUAGAGCUAGGAAGAGCACUCCCACACAGGGAACAGCCGUUGCCAACACCCACGGGGACCGGUUGCCAGCAGCUAGGUCACCCAGAGCCUGUACCUCUGGAAGAAGUUUGUCUUUUCUCCAAGUUUGUGGGGAGUGCUUGAGCCUGGCAUCUGAGAAGGCCUACAAUGGUCAUCUUGCCACUGUCGUUUUACCAUAUGAAAGGUUCUUCCCAGGACCCCCUCUGCUGAAUAGCCAUAGCAGCUUUGACCGGGCCUUGGCUUUUUCACUGAGGCCACAGAGGAGACUGGAAGCAAGCCUGUCUGAUUCAUCCCUUGGAACCAGGCCAAUUUCAGCCCCAGAGGAUUUGGGGAGUCGGGUCGGGUGCUUCUGUGUUUCAGUUUGCACUGAGACUUAGUUUACCUCUGAGGUCAGGAGUGAUAGCAAGGCUUCACCGGGCAGCUGUCAAUCAUCCUGAUGUGAGGAUGCCAGCUCUGCGGACUCUUCAGUAAUAGCCAGGCAUGAGAGAGAGAGGCUGCGAGGCUGUGUCACUAGAUGGUGUGGUGGGCUACCCCAGGCUACCUCUGGAGGGGCUGCAUGUGCUGUGCAGCUGAGGCAGAGUAGCAGGCACGAUCUACCUUGAACAGAGAACUCAGGGGCAUGUGGUACAUGAGAGCCAAGUUAAGGAGCCCGGCCUCCUCCUGCCUCCCAGAAUUCAUCUACACUCAGUGAUCUGCUGACAGGCACCUGCCUGUCCUCGUUGGUGGGUCACUGAGGCUGGGCUGCCAUGAAGCUGCUGAGCCUCAAAAAAGAGGGGGUGGGUAUUUCCAUCCUUCCAGAAGGAACAGUAGUGCUACCCGAGAGGCUGCUGGAGGUGAGCACUGGCCACCUGUGUCCUGGAGCUCCACAGGAGGGGACAGAAUGCGGGUCAGGAUGCGGCCAGUGUCUUCAUGUUUGGACCCCCGUGUGCCGGGGCUGAGGCAGUGGUACACCGCAGUUUCAGUGUCCUGUCAGUUGGCAUCUUUGCACUCUGCAUUUGAAAGCAGCCACUGUCCGAACAGGCUGGGGCUUGCUUGUUCGUCCCCCUCAAGGCUAGAUGGGACUCAUCUGUUGAACACCUGGGGUUGACCAAGCCUUCCACAGUGUGCCUGCCCAUGAGGACUUUCUGGUUUCUUCUUUAGCUAUCGGGUAUUUUGGGGAGUAAAAUAACUCUAUUAGCAAACGCUAAAAUAUCUGAUCUGGUUCAGCAAAAACGUGAACACAGGAGCCAGGCAAGUGCUUUCGCCAUUGCUACCUGAUUCUCUGCCAUCCUGAACACGACACUGGUCAGCAAACAGAACUAAGGGACAGGAGGAAGACAUGACAGUUACCUUUAUUAUCAGGUAGUACUUUUGAUGAUCCGGAAAACCAAAUACACAAAACCUCAAGAGCUUCAACCUAAAAUAUUAAAAUUGACAAUAGAAAAUGAGUCCACUCAAGUGAAACCAGAGUAGCAGACUGCCCAGGAGUGGAUUUAACUAGAAACACAGAGGCCCUUGCGAAGAUGCACAGUGUCAAUGAAAGAUGCAAACAGUACCCAGGUGUGGGGAGCUGGGUGCACCCCAAAAGCUACAGCCUUCUCAUUUUAUUCAUGUGAUCCCACUAUGUCUCUAAGAGAACUGCAGGUUUCAUUGUGAAAUGACAAAAUGAUGUUUAAAUUCGUAUGAAACAAAGAAUGGGGCCGAAGGUGGGGAGGUGUGCUCCAUGGCCUGCAGAGUUGGGACAUGCACAUUGGGAGCCUUCAGGUUACCUUGUGUGGUGAUGCUAACGAGAAGUGUCACCUGUAGUCUCAGACGUUUGAAUACACUCAGUCUCCAGGUGGUGGCGCUGUUUGGGGAGACUUAAGCACUUUGCUGGAGGAGGUGUGUCACUGAAGGCAGGCUCUGAGAAUGCAAAGACUUGCCUGAUUCCUAGUGAGUGCUCUCCUUCCUUCCUGCUUGUGGUUCGAGAUGUGAGCUCUCAGCUGUCCCUGCCACCAUGCCUCU